UCAAAUUACAUGAUGAUUGAAGAUAAUAAAGAGAAUGAAGACCAUGCAUCUGAAAGAGGAAGAACAGCCAUAAUUUUUUCCUUGAAGAAUGAAGUUGGAGGACUUGUAAAAGCAUUAAAACUCUUUCAGGAGAAGCAUGUAAAUCUGGUACACAUUGAGUCACGGAAGUCCAAGAGACGAAAUUCUGAGUUUGAGGUCUUUGUGGACUGUGACAGUAACAGGGAACAGCUGAAUGAGAUUUUCCAGCUCCUGAACUCCCAUGUCAACAUUGUCUCUAUGAACCCAACAGAGCAUUUCAAUGGCCAGGAUGAUGACAUGGAGAAUGUUCCCUGGUUUCCAAAGAAGAUCUCAGAUUUGGAUAAGUGUGCAAACAGAGUGCUGAUGUACGGGUCUGAUUUGGAUGCUGACCAUCCAGGUUUCAAAGACAACGUCUAUCGCAAGAGGCGAAAGUAUUUUGCAGACCUGGCUAUGAGCUACAAAUAUGGUGACCCAAUUCCCAAGAUUGAAUUCACUGAGGAGGAGAUCAAGACUUGGGGAACUGUGUACCGAGAGCUUAACAAACUUUACCCAACUCAUGCCUGCAGAGAGUACCUUAAAAACUUACCCUUGCUCACCAAAUACUGUGGGUACAGGGAAGACAAUAUCCCCCAGCUGGAAGAUGUCUCCCGCUUCCUGAAAGAGCGCACAGGUUUCACCAUUCGCCCUGUUGCUGGAUAUUUAUCGCCCAGAGACUUCCUGGCAGGAUUAGCAUUCAGAGUUUUUCACUGCACUCAGUAUGUUAGACACAGCUCGGACCCCCUCUAUACACCAGAGCCUGAUACCUGCCAUGAGCUCCUAGGCCAUGUCCCUCUUUUGGCUGAACCCAGUUUUGCUCAGUUCUCCCAGGAAAUUGGUCUUGCAUCACUAGGGGCAUCAGAUGAGGCUGUGCAAAAACUGGCAACGUGCUAUUUCUUCACUGUAGAGUUUGGCUUGUGCAAGCAAGAGGGACAGCUACGAGUUUAUGGGGCUGGCUUGCUCUCUUCAAUUAGUGAGCUCAAGCACUCGCUCUCUGGCAGUGCUAAAGUCAAGCCUUUUGAUCCAAAGACCACCUGCAAGCAAGAAUGCCUCAUUACAACUUUCCAGGAGGUUUACUUUGUUUCUGAAACUUUUGAAGAAGCAAAGGAAAAGAUGAGAGAGUUUGCAAAAACCAUCAAGCGUCCAUUUGGUGUGAAGUACAAUCCAUAUACUCAAAGUGUGCAAAUCUUGAAAGACAUGAAGAGCAUUGCCAGCGUGGUGAAUGAGCUACGUCAUGAGCUGGACAUUGUCAGUGAUGCCCUCAGCAAGAUGGGCAAGCAGCUGGAAGUUUAA